AUGUCCAAUUAUUUCCAGGGGCUGAGUCCAUCACUCUUGGGUAUCAGGCCGGCUUCUAUCGACUUUCCUCCCCUGAGCGUGACAACUAAGAACAAGAUGGCAAGCCCAUCCGACACGAUUGUUAUAACCGAUGACGAGGAAUUGCCAAGCCUCGAGCCAGGUAGUUCACGACCUCGGAGGGCCCCUCGCCGUGAUUACAGUUACCGGGAGUUCGAGGACAUGAUCGUUGAAGCGGUCGAUAAUGAGACGGAAACGACACAAUCACGCAAACGCAAAAGGACUGAAACGAAGGGGCUGUCUGCAUUGGUACCAGUUCCUCACAAGGCCUUCUUCUUCCUCAACUAA